GUUAGAUAGCCUGUGGCGGUGUGGAAUCGGGUGCGUGUGUGAUGAAUUGCAAGCAACCCAGCAAGUUGAAGAAACAUGACUUCUUCAUGGUGGCCUGUAUUGAUUUCAGCGGUUCGUCGGCCACCGUGCCCACCAUGGAGACCUGUACUGCCGAAAUAAUAGACAAAAUUAAGCGCAAAAAGUAUCAGGACAAGCACUGCCUAUACCUGCUGCACCGUGUUAGGCUCCCGACGCUCUGUGACCCUUUUGUAAGAGAGCAUUUCAAAAGGCGUAUGUCAGAGGCGGUCAACUUGCUGAAACGGGAGCUUCUACCAGGAAAUGGCACCGUCAAAGAACAAGAGCUGCCACCCUCUGAGGUGAAUUGGUCAGCUGAAAGCGUUCCCGAUGCCUACACGACGUGGUGUGAACAUACCCUUGUUUCGGAAAGGCAUGACGUGAACUCCUUGUGGGAUCAAGUUCGUUCAGGCUCUUUCUUCUGGUACGGACCGGAAAUGUACUCCAUGACUCUCCCGAAAAGGGGCCUGUGCAUCAUCAUCAACAAUUGUAACUUUAAAGACGCAGCAGGCCAGUGCCAUGGAUCGAAGGACGAUGUACAACGCAUGGACACCCUCUUCAAAGCAUUUCUUUUCAAACCCGAGGUCUACAUUGACGAGACAGCAGAUCGAAUGAAGGCGAUCUUGUCUGAGGCAGCGCAGUCCAAAGAACAAGAGAGGGCCGAGUGCCUGGUUGUGAUCCUGAUGUCACACGAAAACCAGGACACGACUCAGGAUGUGCAUGAUGCGAAGCUGAACUUGAUGAACGACGUUUAUGCGCCAUUCAACAAUGAGAAAUGUCCAGCCCUGAAAGGAAAGCCGAAGCUGUUCUUCAUCCAAACCUGCUGGGGAAAUUCGAAGCAGCCUGUGCAAGAAGGUCCGUCCGUGUCUCCGUGCGAACGUGCCACCAGCGUUCCUCCUACCGCAGUUGUUGGAACGAUGUCAAACGAAGAGGGCAGUGGAGCCGGCAUCACCAAGGAUGUCGCUACAGAUUCCGCGCCAGAAGCAGCGGAAGAGUCGCAGCUCGCUGAACGCACGGCCACUUGGUCUGAUAUGUACAUCGCAUACGCUGUCAUCUCCGGCCACAGCGCACUCAGGGAUGAAAACAUUGGUUCAUGGUUUCUUUCAGCCGUCUUCACAGUCUUCAGCAACCAAGCUCCCAUCGAGCAUUUGGACAGGAUGAUGGAACUAGUGCAUGCUGAAAUUCUGCAAAAUAGCGCUGAAUUGGGCCAUGGUCAGACACCCACCGUGCAGAAGUAUGGCUGGUGUAAAUGUUUAUACUUUAAUCCGAAAUACUGCCUUAGCUCGUAGACUAAUCUGUUAUGAAAACGCUGCCUAACCUUUUUUAGUAGAUCGCAUUGACUGUCAAAUGUAUUUUAAAAAUGCGAGUGCUUUGAAUAUUACUUUUUCUACUUGUACUCGGAGUGUGCCUGCCAGCUUAUCCUCAAAUAUGUUCUAUACAAGGCUAGCGAAGGAGCUGCAGUGAUAGUACUAGUGCACGAACAGCGGUGAUACAGGUAGAAAACCACGUGCUGGACAUAACAGCCUACACCUCCUUAGAUGGUUUAGAGCUUCCCUCACGGAAGUCAGUUGCGAUAAUCAGACGGAACCGUCGUCACUGUUGCUUCCACGAACAGCUGGUGCGUCAUCGCACAGUCGCCUGCUGUGCCCCUGCCUUGUCGCAUUUCAAAUCGAUGCGGAUCAAACUUUUCUGCCACCGGAACUUCAGCCUAACUGAAAGACACGCCACGGGAAUCGGUAGGUAUUAGAGUGUUCUACACGCCAAUCAAAAACCGAAACGAUAACUUCUUUCUCGUUCGUUCCUAAGUUUGAAAGAAGCUGGCGCUUGCUGUUGCUGUGCGGGUGAGCUUCUGAGCCCGCAAAUUGCUAUGAUGCGUCCUCGUCUAAGCGUGGCAGCGCUGUGAGAUCCGAUGAGUGUUCGGGUUUCGGCGGGUGAAAAAACAGCCACGUUUCCUUAAUCUACAAACUGCGUCAACGAGUGCUGUUCAGACUUUCAGUGGGUUCUUCUUAAGAAGCCUGUAACAGAGGAUUGCGUGACUGCACCCAGCAAUAUAUUGGCUGACCUUCUAUUCUUAUACUCGAAGAAAACC